ACAGUCCCUCUGUUCUCUGGAGAGCUCUAGGACCACUUGACUCCCACCUCAUAUAAAAGCAAAUUACGAAGAAAGUAAACGUGAAAUUACAAAAUUACCCUCCCUCUCUCCCUCUCCUCCUCCCCUCUAUAAGGGCUCUCCUCUCUCCUCAGCACGCCGAUCUCUGCACUAAUACUUUGGAGAAUUCCAGAGAACAUCGUAAGCCGCUGUGCACACGACCCACUCCAUCCAGAUCGUUCCAGCUGCUUGUUUUGCUGGAGUAAACCAGUUUGCACCAAAUUGGUAUAACAUUUUGCAAAAAUGAGCGUUGUGGGUUUUGAUUUUGGCAAUGAGAGCUGUAUUGUUGCCGUGGCAAGGCAAAGGGGGAUCGAUGUUGUGCUGAAUGAUGAAUCAAAGCGGGAAACUCCAGCAGUUGUAUGUUUUGGAGAUAAGCAGCGGUUCAUUGGGACAGCUGGAGCUGCUUCAACCAUGAUGAAUCCAAAGAAUUCAGUUUCACAAAUAAAGCGGUUAGUUGGCCGCCCCUUUUUUGAUCCCGAGCUGCAACAAGAUCUAAAGUCAUUACCCUUUCUUGUUACAGAAGGGUCUGAUGGGUACCCCCUGAUCCAUGCUCGGUAUUUGGGAGAAGUGAGGGUUUUUACGCCAACACAGCUUUUGGGUAUGGUAUUUUCUGAUCUGAAGGGUAUAGCUGAGAAGAAUUUGAAUGCUGCGGUGGUGGACUGCUGUAUUGGUAUACCAGUUUAUUUUACUGAUCUUCAAAGAAGGGCUGUUUUAGAUGCAGCUACAAUUGCAGGCUUACACCCUCUUCGCUUGUUCCAUGAAACAACAGCUACAGCUUUGGCAUAUGGGAUUUAUAAGACAGAUUUGCCUGAGAAUGACCAAUUAAAUGUUGCCUUUGUUGACAUUGGCCAUGCUAGCAUGCAAGUGUGUGUUGCUGGUUUCAAGAAAGGCCAGUUGAAGAUACUGUCACAUUCAUUUGAUCGGUCUCUAGGUGGUAGAGAUUUUGAUGAGGUUCUAUUCCAGUAUUUUGCACAAAAGUUUAAGGAAGAGUACAAAAUUGAUGUUUUCCAGAAUGCGAGGGCUUGUCUCAGACUUCGAGCUGCCUGUGAAAAGUUGAAGAAGGUUCUUAGUGCUAAUCCAGAAGCUCCCUUGAACAUAGAAUGUUUGAUGGAUGAGAAGGAUGUUAGGGGUUUUAUCAAGAGGGAUGAGUUUGAGAAAAUUAGUGUCCCAAUAUUGGAGCGAGUGAAGAAACCUUUGGAGAAAGCUCUAUAUGAUGCUGGCCUUACACGAGAGAAUAUCCAUGCAGUGGAGGUUGUUGGCUCUGGGUCUCGUGUUCCUGCAGUCAUCAGGAUAUUGACAGAUUUCUUUGGCAAGGAACCGAGGCGUACAAUGAAUGCCAGUGAAUGUGUUGCCAAAGGUUGUGCACUGCAGUGUGCUAUUCUUAGUCCUACAUUCAAAGUACGAGAAUUCCAGGCCCAUGAUUGUUUCCCCUUUCCAAUUGCUUUAUCAUGGAAAGGCUCUGCUCCAGACUCUCAGAAUGGAGGUGCAGAAAAUCAGCAAAGCACAAUAGUGUUCCCUAAGGGAAACCCAGUACCUAGUGUCAAGGCUCUGACUUUCUACAGAUCAGGCACGUUCAGUAUUGAUGUACAUUAUGCAGAUGUUAGUGAUGUUCAUGUGCCAGCAAAGAUCAGCACAUAUGCAAUUGGUCCUUUUCAAUCUACAAAAAGUGAACGGGCCAAAGUGAAGGUGAAAGUUCGCCUAAAUAUUCAUGGGAUCGUGUCUGUGGAGUCAGCAACUCUAUUGGAAGAAGAAGAAAUUGAAAUUCCAGUUGUUAAAGAGCCUGCAAAAGAAGCUACUAAGAUGGAGACUGAUGAAGCAUCAGGUGCUGUUCCCCCUCCUUCCGGUACCAGUGAAACUGAUGUAAAUAUGCAAGAUGCUAAGGGUACUGCUGAUGCUCCUGGAGUUGAAAAUGGUGUUCCAGAAUCAGGUGAAAAGACUCUGCAGAUGGAAACAGACACAAAGGUUGAAGUACCAAAGAAGAAGAUCAAGAAAACCAACAUCCCUGUCACAGAAUUGGUAUAUGGUGGAAUGGCACCUGCAGAUGUGCAGAAAGCAGUAGAGAAGGAGUUUGAAAUGGCUUUGCAAGAUCGAGUUAUGGAAGAAACAAAAGACAAGAAAAAUGCUGUGGAGGCUUAUGUUUAUGACAUGAGAAACAAGCUUCAUGACAAAUAUCAAGAUUUUGUUACCCCUUCGGAGAGGGAAGGUUUUGCUUCCAAACUUCAGGAGGUGGAAGAUUGGCUGUAUGAAGAUGGUGAAGAUGAGACCAAAGGUGUUUAUAUUGCGAAGCUUGAGGAGCUAAAAAAGCAAGGUGACCCAAUUGAGGAGAGAUACAAGGAGCACUCAGAGCGGGGUGCGGUGCUUGAUCAACUUGGAUAUUGUAUUAAUAGUUACAGAGAGGCAGCAAUGUCAAAUGAUCCUAAAUUUGAUCACAUUGAUAUGGCUGAAAAGCAGAAGGUGCUGACCGAAUGUGUGGAAGCCGAGGUCUGGAUAAGAGAUAAAAAACAGCAUCAGGAUUCGCUUCCCAAAUAUGCUACUCCCAUUCUUUUGUCAGCUGAUGUUAGAAGGAAGGCAGAAGCCCUUGACAGGUUUUGCAGGCCAAUAAUGACUAAGCCAAAACCUGCCAAGCCAGCUCCGCCUGAAACUCCACCGCCACCUGCUGCUCAGGGAAAUGAGACACCACAAGAAGCUGGGGAAUCUCCUCCAAAUGCUGACAACUCAACUAGCAGCCCCAACCCCAGCACGGAGGAUGGCAGUACAGAGGUACCUCCAGCUGCUGCAGAGCCAAUGGAGACUGAGAAGUCCGAGACUACAAGUGCUGCAUAAAUUAUUAAGUAGAGUUGUUUGUAUUUUCAUGACCUUCGCAGGCUUACGUUUGGUUCCAUUUGUAUUGGUUUGUGCCUGGAAUUCUAUAUCUUCAAGGCUGGCAGUGAGGAGGGCUAUGCUAGGAACUUCGUUUGAAUAUAUGAAGCCAUUUUCUGGUCGGCGGCGUGCAAAUUCUGUUAGGUAGGGGCGUGUCACUCUGGAAUCCUGUUUUUAAAAGGGUUAAUAGGAUAACUUUGAAAAGACUCUGUAAUUCCCUACUCUGGUGAGGACUGAGGCCUAAAUUUAUACUUUGAAACGGCGUUGCUAUUUUAUGUUGGAAGGAUUAGCCUCAGCCUUACAUUUCAUUUACGGGUUCUUGUUAUCAAUGGUCUGAGAAUCUUUGGACUCUGGAAGAUUUGUUUCCAUCAUGUUUGAUCUUUUUGAAUGAAUUCUUAUAAGAUAUUGCGGUUUA